AUGUCAGUCAAGGAACAGGCUAACGCCCUCAACAACUCUGCCACCAGACCUAAUGCCAAGGAGAACGCCACUCAUCUCCUCAAGGAUGUCAAGAACGCUGUUGAGACAAUCGAGGUCCAGGAUCGCAAGGCCCUGUAUCUGUUGGAGUGCGAGGACUGCGAGUACAUCAUCCAGGGCAAACCCAUCAAGAUCUCCAUCGAGAGCUGCAAGAACUUGACUAUCAAGGUCGAGGGUAAGGUGUUAACUGGCACCGUCGAUAUCUGGAAGAGCGAGAAAAUCAACCUUGACUUUGUUAGAUCGGUGUCUGCCUUCCAGUUGGACAGCAUCCAGACCAUUACAAUCAAGAUGCCCGAGGCUGAGUACUUUGGAUCCAUGAUCUGGGCCGGCGUCGACGACAUCACAUUGAACCUCGGUGAUGAGACCCAUAGCUUGAGCUACAGUCAGUUGCAGGCUAGAAACCCCGCAUUGCGCCCCGAUACUGACCAGUUCAAGACUACGAUUGUCGACGGCAGCAUCAAGACCGAAGCAAUUGUGCGUAUGGACAAUGGAUACCCUAUGACACGCGCGGAAGAGUCGAGCCUGCAGGCCAGCGAGAAGAAGAAGGAGGAGAUGCUGCGCGGAGCACCUAAGGCUGACGAUGAGUAA